GACUCCUUGCACCUUGCUACUGAAUGUGGACAACAAGUUGAAGGCUGUAGCGAGCGGCAGUGUCGUCCUGCCAACACAGCGGAUUUUCCACUGAGUCAGGAUGGAUGAUAGCGUGAGCCGGGUUCGCGUGAACCGGUCGUUACCGGGAUGCCAAGACCUCCAUCCUCCUUAUCAACCCCCGGAAACGGAAACCCCGCUCACUCUCGGGGACCUCAAGAAUCACAUCCUUCUAUGGCCGAAAGCCCUAAUUCGGCUGAACACCGCCGCCUCAGGUUCGGAGGCAAGCUAUGGCAUGGUCACUCCUCAGGAUGCGACGGCUGCCCCGAGUCCUCCACCGGCUGGUGGUCCUUUUGGGCCCGAUAGCCAGCCCGACAGUCAGCCCGAGAGUCAGCACGGCAACGCGUUGGACAUCGAUCAAGCUCCAAUCGAUACGUUCAUUGCUGAGAUGGAGGGCGACGCGGUUUCUCCUUACAAGCCACCCGCCGAUCGUACGCUAAAGAAGAAGUUGUUCCUUUCACAAGAAACUCCCGAGCAGGAAGACACUACCGCCUUCACCGCUCCACCCCGAGUUGGGCUUACCCCGAGGACACUCCUUGGUGCGACCACGGAGGGUAUGAAACAAAACGCCACUCCCAGUUGCAGUAAGAAGAAGGCCAGGAAGCGGAAGAAGUCCGGAGAUGUUGCCGGAAGCAAGAAAGUGGUUAAUGACAAGUUGCCGACCCCGUGGAGGAAGAUGCAUCACAUAGGCCAGCCUAUGCUGCCGGCACACAUUGUCCAGCAGGUGACGCCGGAUAUGAGGAGCUUGCAUGAUGCUGUUCUAAUGAAGGAGGACCUACUUCUUCGAGAUAGAAAUCCCUCGUACCCGGUUUUGACGGCCAAGGUGCCCACUGGCUUUGGCUUUGUCACCACAUACCCUGCGGACUUGAUGUUCAUUCGACAUGAAGACAUCUUCAGGCUCUUGAACAUGCAAUAGCUCGACCGAAACUUGGUCCGCCUCCUAUCGCUCAGCAUGGCGCACGAUAUCGCCAUGGAGAACACAGCGCACAUCGCUAUCAUGGACCCCUUCUACAUGACUCCAGCUGUCGUCCAGAACGAACAAGCGUUUCUAGCGAAGUACAUCAAGGAUUUCUUGGUGUUAAACAAGGAUAAGACAUGCUUUGUCAUACCAUAUUUCCGCGAAUUCAAGUACUGCACCCUCCUCCUCUUUUACUCGUAUCAUUCAGAUGUCAGUUACCUCGACUCCGGGCUUGAUCCGGACAAGGACUUCACCGACCUUAAGUCUACACUUGAUAAAGCCCUCAGCGGCUUCAUAGCCGAGGUUGGCAUCGACAAAAUCAGGCAUGAGAAGAAAGUGAAAGGUUGCUAUGUGUGCAACCACAUAACCAAGUUCCCCUGCCUCAAGCAAUCGGCGCAUGACAAUGGGAUGGAGGCCUGGUUUGCCAUCCUACAGAUGAGGUCGAUUGUAAGGUCUCAGAACGAUCUCUUGUUGCCAUCCAGUCUUCAGCGGAUGUUCGUGAACAUGUUGGACACCACCGAUGAAAACGUGAGAGCCGAGUUCCGUGCCAUCCAGCGGACCAUUUGCACAAUACUCUGGAGGGAUGUCUGCGGUAAUGGUGGCUUGUUCCACUAUGGUCCCGAACUUUCUAAGGCCGAGAUAGAAGGCCGAUUAGAAGAUGGAUGUGACGACAGAACAUUCAACACGCUCGAGGGCAUCCGUCCCUUCCCACCGAAGCCGACUUGACUCAAAAACUUUUGUCCUUUGCAAAUAUGACGUACUAUGUCGUCUACCACGGCCGGGUUCCUGGAGUCUACGAGGACUGGGAAGACUGUAGGAGGCAGGUCCACCGUUUCAGCGGCAACAGCUACAAGGGGUACACCACUUUGGAGGAAGCGGAAACUCGAUACGCCAACUUUCGAGCGGGACAGAGGAGGGAGAUGUGGAGGACCCCUUUCAUCGUGAUGAUGCUUGCCGCCACCGUCUCUCUAGUUUAUUAUGUCAUUGUUGUUUAGCUAGGUCAUCGACACUGGACUUAUAUGUAUUUCUGUAACAUGUGCUACUUCGAGUCGUGAUGGUUGAACUAUGGUCGACACUUGUGUUAUUGAUGCAUAUGCAUGCAUAUUAUGGACAUUUCGGGACUUUCUAAUGAUGUGUAUCAUUGCCAA